AAGAAGAACCUGUAGCAAAGUAGCCGCUGGCUUCUCCUUAAUACAUCCAUGAAAGUAGUUAGCAAAGCUAACACCAGCGAGCUAACGUCGCAUCAGCCAACACGACAUGCACAGCGGUAACAGCUAAAGUCUUACACGGCUAUAACUUCACCCACACGCUGUUGUUAUGUCGGAGCCCAAGCCCCCUACUCCAACCCCUGGAGACACUUACAAGGGUUGGCUCUUCAAAUGGACUAACUACAUUAAAGGUUACCAGAGACGCUGGUUCGUUCUGAGCAAUGGGUUGCUCUCUUACUACAGGACCCAGGCAGAGAUGGGUCACACAUGCCGAGGCACUAUCAACUUGGCCACUGCCAAUAUUGCUGUGGAGGACUCGUGCAAUUUUGUCAUUUCCAACGGAGGUGCGCAGACCUACCACUUGAAGGCCAGCUCAGAAGUAGAGCGCCAGCGAUGGAUCACUGCUCUGGAGCUCGCCAAGGCAAAGGCCGUUCACAUGCAGGCUGAAUCUGAUGAUUCGGGUGACGAUUGUUCUGCAGUGCCCCCCAACUCAGGACAAGGCGGGGGCUGCCGUAAUUUAGAAAUCCAAUCCACAUUACGCACACUCAGCAGCAAGGUGGAGGACCUCAACACCUGCAAUGAUCUCAUUGUCAAACACGGGUCUGCCCUCCAAAGAUCUUUGUCAGAACUGGAGGUGCUUCGUACCGGAGGGGAAAUGGGGGAAAAGAUGAGACAAGUGACAGAAAGAGCCACACUUUUCAGGAUCACCUCUAAUGCCAUGAUCAAUGCAUGCAGAGACUUCCUCUCCUUGGCUCAGAACCACAGUAAGCGCUGGCAGAAGGCCUUACAGGUUGAAAGAGACCAGCGGAUACGGCUGGAGGAGACUCUGGAGCAGCUGGCCAAACAGCACAAUCACUUAGAAAGAGCUUUCAGAGGAGCUACAGUUCUCCCUCCUUCAUUCAGCAAUACAGCCUUAAGCAACAAAGGUAAUGCUUCAGGAAAAGGUGAUGCCAGUGACGAGGAUGAUGACAAUGAGUUCUUUGAUGCUAUGGAAGAUCCAGCAGAGUUUAUCACAGUCCCUGCUGACCCCAAGUAUCACAGGAGAUCUGGCAGCAACGUUAGUGGUCUCAGCAGUGAGACUGGGAUGGACGAUCAGUCUGUAAAUUUUGACGAACUGUCUUUGGCAUCCAACCCAGAGUCUCCACAGCCCCUUGAGCUUGAGCCAGUUAGACAAAGACGGACUCGUAUCCCUGACAAGCCAAACUAUUACCUCAAUCUGUGGAGCAUCAUGAAGAACUGCAUCGGAAAGGAGCUUUCAAAGAUACCAAUGCCUGUGAAUUUCAACGAGCCCCUCUCAAUGCUGCAACGUCUAUCUGAAGACCUGGAGUACUACGAGCUGCUGGAUAAGGCUGCUAAAUGUCAGAGCUCUCUGGAGCAGAUGUGCUACGUGGCUGCCUUCACAGUCUCUUCCUACUCCACCACUGUCCACCGUACAGGAAAACCCUUCAAUCCUCUGCUGGGAGAAACCUUCGAGCUUGAUCGGCUGAGAGAUUGUGGCUACCGUUCCCUCUGUGAACAGGUGAGUCACCACCCACCUGCUGCCGCUCACCAUGCCAUCUCUGAAAAGGGCUGGACCCUCAGACAAGAAAUUACCCUGGCAAGCAAGUUUAGAGGAAAAUAUCUCUCUAUCAUGCCUUUAGGUUCUAUCCAGUGUUUAUUUGAUAAGAGCGACAAUCACUACUCUUGGAAGAAAGUGACUACAACAGUACACAACAUCAUUGUUGGAAAAUUAUGGAUUGAUCAGUCAGGAGAAAUAGAUGUUGUGAACCACAAAACAGGAGAUCGCUGCCACCUCAAGUUUGCUCCCUACAGUUACUUCUCCAGAGAUGUACCAAGAAAGGUAACAGGAGUAGUAACGGAUAAGGACGGGAAGGCCCAUUACGUGCUAUCAGGAACCUGGGAUGAGAAGAUGGAGUUCUCUAGGAUCAUGCAGAGCAGUAAAGGCGAGAAUGGCACAGAAGGCAAACAGAGGACUGUCUAUCAGACCCUCAAAGCCAAAGACAUCUGGAAGAAGAACCCUUUACCAGACGGAGCAGAGAACAUGUACUUCUUCUCCUCACUGGCCUUGACGCUCAAUGAAUCUGAAGAGGGAGUGGCGCCAACUGACAGUCGACGACGUCCUGAUCAGCGGCUGAUGGAGGACGGCCGAUGGGACGAAGCUAACGCAGAAAAACAGAGGCUAGAAGAGAAACAGCGCACUGUCCGCCGGGAGCGCGAGAGGGAGGCUGUUAAAGCAGCCAGCUCACCAGAGGAAGCUGUCACUGAGGAUUCAAUCAAUGAUUCACCCUUGAAAAGCACCCAUCUGGACAACUACCAAGCCAUGUGGUUUGAGAAGUUUGACGACCCCGCUUCUGGAGAGACCUUGCAUAUCUACAAGGGUGGCUACUGGGAGGCAAAGGACAAAGGCAGCUGGGACAUGUGCCCCGACAUCUUCUGAUCCCAGCUGAGUCCACCUGUUCUCCUCUGUGGUGAUCAAACCUUACAGCUAAAGCAGCGGGCAAUAAACCCUGACAUCAACCCAUCUUCAGUGUCCGUAGCUUCAGCUGAUCAACCCACUCCGCUCCCCUUUUCCAGCAGUGAUUUGCUCAGGGUUAAGGGCAUCUGGACUUCACUCUCAAUGUAGAUGCAAUGCACACUGUAGCAUUGUUGUAACUUUGCAGCUAAUUAGUGUUCAGGAUUCCCUCUCACUGCCUCUAAAACACUUGAUUCACUGCUUGUGAACUGCUCAGUCCAGGGUUCUUUGGUAUAACAGCCAUAGAGUUGAAUUUGGCAGCAGGUUACUCUGGUAAUUCGUCAUGCAUUUAUAUGCACUAUUAUCAAAGGCAUUACUCAUCCAGGUGUCCUCUUACACUACACAAGGUUUGCUUAAGCCAGGCUUAGACUACAGGAGUUUUAAAAUCAUUAAUUUCAAGAUUUGAAAAUAAUGAUGCAUCACACACUACAGGAUAUUAAUAAGAUUAUAGAGUCAGAGUGACAAAUGCACCACCACACCUGAUUUCAAAAGCAAAAGGCUAAUCUAGUCUCGAUGAGAAAACUGUAUGGGAGAGACAGUCAACGUGGAUUGUCUAUCCUUCAGCAAGAACUGGAAGUUAAAUUCUAACUAUCAGUAGAUAUAAACAUUGCCUUGCUAGCUGCUAACAUUAGCCUCAAGUGCUAUAAUGUUCACCAAUGCUUGGAAAAGACAUAAUCUCAUUCCAUUGCCUAUUGAUUUGGCUCGUAAAAGUACUGACCAUAUUUUACUUCCUAAAUAUCAAACAUGUUUGAUAAUCAUCAUGGCGCCUCCAGUGAAUCUGGGAACACUUCAGGUGGUUUAAGAUUGGAUCUGCAAAAUGCUCACAUUACCAGAUAAUCUGUGCUGAAUGUGAGUACCAGACAAGGUUCCAGACAAGAUUUCUCUGCCAGUUAUCAGGAGGAGGUGAAUCGGUGUCAAAUCGGCUAGAAACUCCUGUAGUCUGAACCUGGUUUUAGAGAGAGUGAGCUACUACCUAACAUGUAGUUUGUGUUAUUUUUUUAUUGUGCACUCCUGAUUAUUACUGCUCCUGCAAUGCAUUUAUUGCAGCUUCCGCAGCACAGCACUACUGUGAGUCCAAGUUUAAUCAUACCCAAUGUGUUUAACAGUUAACACAGUAAAUAUUCACUAUACAUGUUUCAGAUCACAUCAAAUGCAUAGAUGCAUUCAGUGGUUCUGAGAAAAGAAAGAAGUAAUAAUUUAUAUGGUAUUAAUUUAAAUGAAAGUCUGUUAUGUCACUAUCUAUCGCCAAAUGAGGUAACACAAUGGUGAGCGAGUCUAUGGCCCACAGAUAAAAGGCCAUGCAAUUGCCGUAUUAACAUUCCCAGGAAAAGUCAAUAUGAGGCGAGACUGUCUGGAUCUUGGGGAAGUGAGAUCCAAAAGCACAACCUCCAAAGAGAAUGAAAUAAAUCUUCAAGAUUGUAACUUUAAAGAAGUAAUUAUUGGCUUAUUUCAACAAUUAACUUUGGACUGGUAUAACAUGAAAAGUGUAACAAAUACCAAAACCUGAUAUAGAAUUUGCCUUUAAAUGUAUGGUCAUUUGCGGUGCUACUUUAUUCCCUGAACCCCGGAUGUAUACUAUAUCCACAUAUUAGCCUUUUUGGUAAUGUUUGCACUCCACUAAUCCAAUUAAAAAUAUUUUUUGUGUUUUUUCUUUUCCUGAAACCUCCCUGGUUAAAAUAUAAACAAAAACAAAACAUGGUUGAUAGCUAUGAAGAGACAUGAUAGUAGUUUAUUAUGAUUAUUCUACUCUUCAUAUUUUUGGCUGGUAUGGUAUCUUCAGAAUAAGUGUGGGUCUACAUAUGUCUUUACAGAUAAAAGAAGUUGGGGUUUUUUUUGCCUUUUUUCACUAUAAAAAUUUACCAUGUCAUUUUUUUUCUAUUCAUUUUUUAUUGAGUAAAAAUAAUGGCAUUUCUGUGUGGCGCACACACAAGUUUAUUGUAAUAUGUUCUUUAUAUAAUAUACCAUAUUGGAUACUAUGAAUUGAAGAAGCAGUACCAAAUUUAUGUCAGUACCAAUGAAAAUCUGAGGUAUAAAAAUACCAUUGGCUCUAUUGCCAGCAGCCCUGUCUUUCUGUUUGUUUGUCUCCUGUAUUUUUUUCCUUCAAAAAAUAAUUUUUAAAGAGUAACUUAAGACGAAAUCCACUUUUUAGAGUUAGAAAAUGAAAUGUACAGUCACUGUAUUACACUAAAUUGACCUUGUUUUCAUCCUUCAGUUUCACAAUUACCAUUCAGUUUAGUUUGGGUUUUUUUUAUCAAAAAAAUCCCGCAAAUCUGUCCUGAAGACCCCCAAAAGCUGGUGAAAAAUCAUGUUUUGUGGAAUACUGUGCCCUCGAACUACAAGGCAACAGCAUGUUCCCCUGGGACAUAUAGGAUGGGCAACUGAUGCAUUUUUUAAAUUUGUGAAAGGGGGCCUGCUCCAGCUAAAACAGAAUGUUAAGUUGCUAUUAAAAGAGCUGUUGACCAGCAAUGGGAUUGUUGGUGAGAUUUGUCUUAAACGUAAAGAUAAGUCAAAGAUUUCCACCCAAGUACACAGAAUUCAGACUUGUACUAUUCACGCUAAAGUUUAUGUUGUCACUAAUACUUACCCUACUACAACCAUUUAAAUAUUUAUUUCAAAGUAAAUAUUGAGGCACACCAUUUGAACAGUUAAGAUUAAUUUAAGAGCAGCAGCGCUGAACUGUGUUUCUGCUGGCUUGAUGAUUAGUUAAGUGAAGGAAAAUGAAAUCUGAGGCAAGUGUUUUUUUUGUCUUCCUGGCUUCCUUCAAACUUACUGAUCAUAGCUUUAAUGUUGAUGUAGGUUAUUUUAGUCGUCGUGUGUUGUUGUGUGAUUGUACUUUUCUAACAGACAGCAAUAAGAGUGCCUCAGUGCGUAUACAUGUGGCACAAAGUGAAAUGUGUGAAGCGAGAUCGCUGAAACUGCAAAAACUAAAUUCUGUCGUAUUUGUCCCUGUUGUUGUUUGUCUUAUGAGUGGAAGGAUUGUGUGGUUGAUGAAAAAAAACUAAAUUUCAUUUUAUAUUCAAGUGUACUUAAAGAAGAACACUGAAAAUGAAGAUCACAAAACAUAAUGUUGCAAAUAUUUCUGUGUAAAUAUAUUAAAUAUUAAAGUUAUUGUGAUAUUAACUGGUUAUAUUGAUAGAGAAUCUAAUGGCAGUGAUGCACUUUUUUGCUUUUCCCCCUUUUAUCCUUGUUUUUUACUCAGAACUGGAUGCAUUUUCAUUGUCUGACCUAAGUGUACCAUGAGUCGCCCUCUACCAGCUAGGCUAGCUUUGUUUAGAUCUGAACUUUACUUGUCUUAAAUUACACAUUUUACAGGUUUCUGUCCGUUCUGUCUUUUUCAACAUAUAUAUAACACUGAUUUUGAUUGAUUUUUAGCCAUGACUCUUGAUGGUGUAAUCAUAACAUUUCAUGCCUGUUUUUAACUGUUUUUCCCCCUGAAAUUUCUACCUUUUUCAUCCCUUUCACUGUUUUCAGCUAAUAUUGUUUUUGCUCUGCACUGUGGAAAUUGGCACUGUAUACAUGCCACUAAGCGCAGGUGUUCUUGCACCUAACGUACAGUACAUUACUUAUCAUGCCCUAUAUGAUCAUUUUGUUGUUGGCUACUGAUGAGUUUGUUUUGAAAACAUUUCCUAAGUCAUGUUCAGUAAUUGCAAACAUAUGUACAUUUGUUAAAAUAUAUAUACGUAUGGAUUCACUCACUGAGCAUACUUUUCACCUUUUCUGUCCUUCAAUGCAGUUUUUUUUUUUCUUUAGCAAGAUUGUGUUAGAGGUUGAUAAUAUUAAAGUCUGAAUGAAGAUAAA